AUGCCGCCGGAAGCCGCCGCCUCGUCGACGGGCUUCGUCGCCGGCCGCUUCCGCCGCCCACUGCCGGCGGAGCGGCCGCACCUGACGCGGUGCACCAAGCUUCUGUGCUCGGCGUUCCUCACGCUGCUCCUCGUCGCCGGCGUGGUCAUCUUCGUCGUCUACCUCGCCGUCCGCCCGCACCGGCCGCGGUUCCACGUGACGUCCUUCACCGCCGCCGGCAUCCCGUCCGGCGGGCCCGUCGUCCUGUCGGGGCAGCUCUCCGUCCGCAACCCGAACCGGGACAUCGCCUACUUCUUCGACCAGUUCUACCUGUCCGUGGAGUACCGCGGCGCCGACGUGGCCAAGGACCGGCCCCUGACGGCGGCGCCGAUGUACCAGCCGCCCAAGACCACGUCGCCGCUGCCGUUCGAGGGCGUCGAGCUGGCGCCGCCGUCGGCCGGCCAGGACAUGGCGAAGGACGCGGCGGAGGGCGACGGCAGGGUGGAGAUGACGGUGAGUGUGCGGUCGCGGAUCAGGGCGCGGCUGGCGUUCUGGGGCAACCGGCACUGGCACCCGCUCCACGUCAGGUGCGAGGUGGCAGUGGGGCCCGACGGGCAGCUGCUGGCCGAGUACCUGCAGAAGCGCUGCAGCAUAGACUUCUUCUAG